AUGGUGAUGGGCCUGGGCGUUUUGUUGUUGUUCCUCAUGCUGGGUCUGGGUCUGACCCCACCGACCCUGGCUCAGGAUAACUCCAGGUACAUAGACUUCCUGACCCAGCACUAUGAUGCCAAACCACAGGGCCGGAAUGACAGAUACUGUGAAAGCAUGAUGACGAGACGGGGCCUGACCUCGCCCUGCAAAGACAUCAACACCUUUAUUCAUGGCAACAAGCGCAGCAUCAAGGCCAUCUGUGAAAACAAGAAUGGAAACCCUCACAGAGAAAACCUAAGAAUAAGCAAGUCUUCUUUCCAGGUCACUACUUGCAAGCUACAUGGAGGGUCCCCCCGGCCUCCAUGCCACUACCGAGCCACAUCAGGGUUCAGAAACAUUGUUGUUGCUUGUGAAAAUGGCUUACCUGUCCACUUGGAUCAGUCAAUUUUCCGUCAUCCGUAACCAGCGGGCCACUGGUCAAGUGCUGGCUCUGCUGUCUUUGCCUUACAUUUCCCCUCUGCACCCAGAACACUGCUGGCAACAUUCAUUGCCAAGGGCCCAAAGAAAGAGCUACCUGGACCUUUUGUUUUCUGUUUGACAUGUUUAAUA